AUGCUGUCGAGGCUUUGCAACGUGAGACCGAGCAGAUUUUUGUCUCGAAAUGAUGCAAGGCUGGCUGCUGAGAGAGGGCCUGCCCACUGGAAGGAGGUUUUUCCUGUCGCUAAUGGAGACCGUCAGUCACCCAUCGACAUCAAAACUGAGGAAACCAAGUAUGAUCCCUCUCUCCGUCCUCUAAAUCCCAAUUACGAUCCGGCUUCUGCUAAAAUCAUCCUCAACAACGGGCACUCCACCAGUGUUGAGUUUGAUGACACCGUCAACAAAUCAGGUUCAUUCCAACCGAAUCGCUCAAGUCUCUUAUCUGACUUUAGCUGCAGGUUUGGUUAUAUAUAUUUUUCCCUUUUACAAUCCAUACUUGGACUUCUUGUGUCAGGAAAGAGCCAAUACAGAACAAAUUAAAUAUAUACCAAGUGAUCCCUUUUCUUUUCUGAAAAGUGUUAUUGUCCCAGUCUUUUCUAGGAGUAUGUAGCUUCCCUUUUUGCAAGCAGUAAUUCUUAUUUAGAAGUUCUCUGGUUUAGCAUAGUCUUUGUAAUAUUAGUGCCUUCAUCUUUAAAACCUUCUCUUGGGUGGUAGGCUAGCUAGCACACCUCCCCUCGAAACUGUAGGAGUGCAGUUUCUAUGAGCAAUAAGAUCCUCUUGUGGUUGCGUGAGGCUUAGCUGAGGAUCCAAACCCAUAUGGUGCAUUCACAAGGGUCAAAGCCAGAGGGGGACUAGUUUGUGAUCACCCUGUCCAUUAGUCCUGAGGAACUAUUGGCUUAUAGUGGCAACAAGGAGAGACCUAGAUGGAGACAACAUCAUACUUUGCUUUCCCGGACAGUCUUAGUUUAAUUCUUAAAUUUCCUGUCGAUACAAGCAACAUUGGAUGUUGCCUGAAAGCCAUCAGCUGACCGUCAGUGAUCUGGUCUGACCUCGUGUGUGUCAGAUGCCACGGGACUUCCCAGAAUUAAUCUCUGCUUCAAGCCUAGUAGGUGUGGGUGAACUAAAGCACAUCUCUUAGAAAAACAUACAAUCUUGAUUUCAAAAUUUCCAGCGAUGAUGAACCUACCACAGCCUUUGGUAAGUUGUUCUAAUUGUUAAUUACCCUCAC